GCUCAGCGCCGCUCGCUCUUCGUUCGUUCGCUGCCCGAGUCUGCCACCUCCGAGUCUCUGACCGAGCUUUUCUCCACCUCCUUCCCCAUCAAGCACGCCGUCGCCGUCACCGACAAGGAAUCAAAGAAGUGCAAGGGCUAUGGUUUCGUCACUUUCGCCGACGCCGAGGACUGCCAGAAGGCAAAGGAAGAGUUCAACGGCUUCGCUGUCGAUGGCAAGAAGUUGCGCUGCGAGGUUGCAGAACCCAGACACCGUGAGAAGGGCGCUGCUGCUGUUCCCUCGGCCGGCGAGAAGUUUAGAGAGGGUCAGGCCAAGGAGCGCGCGUCCGCCCAAGUCCCCAGACUUAUCGUUCGAAACCUUCCCUGGAGCAUCAAGUACCCGGAUCAACUCGCAAAGCUCUUCCAGAGCUACGGAAAGGUCAAGCACACCGUCCUCCCCAAGGGCAAGACUGGCCUGCUCCGUGGUUUCGGUUUCGUCAUCAUGCGUGGCAGACCCAACGCUGAGAAGGCCAUCGAGGGAGUCAACGGAAAGGAGAUCGAUGGACGACAACUGGCUGUUGAUUGGGCCGUCGACAAGGAGACCUGGGACAACACUCCUCAAGAGGAGACAAAAGAGAAGGACACAACCAACGAAGACGCCGCCGAAGACGAUGCAAUCGAUGGCGCCAGCGAGCACAUUAUGGAUGAGGAUGACGAUGAGUCUGGCUCUGAAGAUGGAGACGAGGGCGACGACAUCGACGUCAUGGAUGAUGAGGAUGAGGAGGACAUGAAGCCAAGAACGGAGGACAAUUCGUCCACCCUUUUCAUCCGCAACCUGCCUUUCUCAUGCACUGACGAGGAUCUCGAGGACCACUUUACACAAUUCGGCUCAGUUCGCUACGCAAGAAUCGUCGUUGACCAAGAGACCGAGCGACCCAGAGGUACUGGUUUCGUCUGCUUUUACGAAGUCGACGAUGCCGACAAUGUUCUCAAGAAUGCCCCUAGACACCAGCCUCCUCGUCCGAACGACCCCAAGGCCAAGGACGGCUCUAUACAGAUGACCCACUCGGUCUUGCAGAACGAAGACGCCGAUCCUACUGGAAAGUUCACCCUGGAUGGUCGCGUUCUGCAGGUAUCCCGUGCCGUCAACAAGAACGAGGCCAACCGUCUGACUGAGGAGGGUGCUGCCAACCGUUUCAAGCGUGACACAGACAGAAGACGCCUAUACUUGCUGUCCGAGGGUACCAUCCCUUCAAACUCCCCCUUGUACGAGCAGCUUCCUCCUUCGGAAAGAACCAUGAGAGAAGCCAGUGCCAAGCAGAGAAAAACUCUCAUCGAGAGUAACCCUUCUUUGCACAUGAGUCUAACCCGUCUUUCCGUCCGCAAUCUACCCAGAACCAUCACAUCCAAAGACUUGAAGCAACUCGCUGUAAAAGGUGUUGUCGGCUUCGCAACUGAUGUCAAAGAGGGCAAGCGCCAGAAGCUCAACAGAGAGGAGCUCAACAGAGGUGGCGAAGAGGAUGCAAAGGCCGAAGCCGAUCGCAAGAAACGUGCCAAGGGUAUUGUCAAGCAAGCAAAGAUUGUCUUCGAAGGUCGCGAGGGUGCCAAGGUAGAGGAGAAGAGUGGAGCAGGACGCAGUCGUGGAUACGGUUUCAUCGAGUACUACACACAUCGUUCAGCGCUGAUGGGUCUGCGCUGGUUGAACGGUCACUCCAUCGACUACCAAGCAACAGAACAGAAGGGCAAGGGCAAGAUGUCGCAAGAGAUGAUUGCCGAUCGCAAGAAGCGACUGAUUGUCGAGUUCGCUAUCGAGAAUGCCCAAGUCGUCAAGCGAAGAAAGGAGAUGGAGGAGAAGGCUCGCGAGCGCUCAUACCAUGCCACCGCACCCACUGCUGAUGGUAAGAGACAGCCGUCAGCUCGUGACACCAAGUUUGGCGGCAAAGGAGGCAAGUUCGAUCGCAAGCGCAAGCGAGACGGAAAGGACGAGGCUCCUGUUGAUGAGGAGAAGGACAAGAAGGCUCCUGCCGAUGAAAAAUUGGCGAAGCGUCAGCAAAUCAUCCAGAAGAAGCGCAUGGCUCGCCGUGCUCGCAAG